UCUCAACAAGAAUAGUGUAGGCAAAAGUAACUGCAGCAGCGCUGAGUCGAGGGCGUUCAGUGUUCACCACAGUUUACACACGAGUACCCAUUUUCUCUUCUCAAUUUCUCAGAGUGUGCAGAGAAAAUCAUGGUGGACGCAGCAGAACGUAGGUACUUGGAGGAUGACGAUUCAUCACUCAUGAAAACUAUUAAGGGGGCAACAACUGGUUUAGUUGCUGGCACUAUCUGGGGGACCGUAGUUGCCACCUGGUAUGAUGUCCCUCGUGUAGAGAGAAAUGUUGCUCUUCCAGGGCUGAUUAGGACUUUCAAGAUGAUGGGCAACUAUGGUUUGACCUUUGCUGCCAUAGGAGGAGUCUACAUAGGUGUGGAGCAGUUGGUGCAAAACUAUAGGAUGAAGAGGGAUUUAGUCAAUGGAGCUGUUGGCGGAUUUGUUGCUGGUGCAACUAUUCUGGGUUACAGAGGAAGGAGCAUCAAAACUGCACUUUCUGCUGGAUCAGCAUUGGCAUUCACAUCUGCAUUCCUUGAUUUCGGUGAUCAGACAAUAAAACAUGAUACUGGGAAGGAGUACGCGGCUUACACCACAAAGAAAAGACCCAGUACUGAAGCAUAAUUGUUAAUGUGCACUUUUAUGAUUGAAGACAUUUCAAGUUGAUAGGAAAGAGUGGAUCACUCUUUUGUUGACCCAGUUGUUUGUUGAGUUGGAAUUACAUACUGGGCUAUCUUUCCAUAUUGUUUCUUUUGUAAGUUGCUGGUGCUGAACUGGUUAAAUUCCAAUAAAUGUGCUAUUGUGUUAGUUCACCAUAACAAAUUACUCAAUAGACGAUUCUUCCUUGGAUGGAGUGAAUGAAACCAAGAAGCGGAAAAUUGUAGAGAUUGGUGUUAAGGCUGAGAUUCUCAAUACAAUUUGAAUCAUGAUUCUUAAGGUA